AUGGCACAGCGGACGGAUAUGCGUCCCAUAUCUUUCAACGAGAUGGUAGCCAUCGACCUGAAGUUUGUGAACGACUGCCAGUCCCAGAAGUACGUGGCACUCAGUAUGGUGGACACAGCCACCAACUAUCAUCAAGCAACACUCUUGAGAAAUAGAAAUCCAGAUCACUGUGCCAGAAAGUUCAUGUCCAAAUGGAUCAGUCUUUUUGGACCGCCGACAUGGGUCCACUUGGACCAAGGUGGAGAAUGGGAGGCAGAGUUCAUCAUGCUUUUGGAACAACAUGCAAUAGCAACAAAAGUGAGUGGAGCCCAUGCGGGUUGGCAGCUGGGUUUGGCAGAGCGGCACGGAGCUUUGUUGAGCAUUGCCUGGUCGUCACUCAUUUUCGAACAUCAAGUACAAGACCGACCAGGUAUGAAGAUGACUUUGAUGUGUGCCAUCCAGGCCAAAAAUCAGAUUGUCAGUCGCCGGGGCUACAGUGCCAACACCCUCGUGUUCGGCAAACAAAGCAACUUCCCUGACCUAUUGGACGAUGAGCCAACCAUGUCCACUACUUUGGGACAGGCACUGAGUACCGAAACCGAGGUGGCCCGACAGGCAGAGAUGCGUGCAGCAGCAAAAAGGGCAUUACUACACCAAGAUGCUCAACAAAAGCUCAAGAGAGCCCUGACGAGAAAACCGGGAGGUCAAGUCAGAGAGUUUUUACCAGGCGAGAAAGUUUACUUCUGGACUCCAAGAGCUCGAAAAGGGCGAUAUCGACCCGAUCAUGGUGAAUGGCGGGGUCCAGCCUUGGUCAUUGUCAAGGAAGGUCCAGAACGAUAUUUCGUCUCCUGGCGUGGUCGGUGCCUAUUGUUAGCGGCGGCCAAUAUGAGAGGAGCCACCGUGGAAGAAAAUGCAGCUGUCGGGCUUGAGGAGCUCAGAGACUUUGAACAGAAAUGGCACCAAGAAGGAGAAGAGUAUCAGGACCUGUCCCACGUUCAACGAGAACCAGAAGAAGAAGAAAGUUCAGCAAGGCAGUGGCAAGCACAAGAUGAGGUUCUGAAAGGUGGGAAGAAACAAGGAAGGUCAAAAAGGGAUGCAGUCCAGAUGAUGAAAGGAUUCAAGAGCAUCCAGAAGCUGGUUCAAUCCAGAUUUCAAAAGCCAAGAAGAGUGCCGAGAGCACCGAGAAAGAGCAAGAAGGUGACUGAAGAAGACAGAGAAGUUGAGGAGCAGGCCAGAAGAGACUUGGAGGAGUUUGACGCCGAAAUGGAAAGGCAAGGAAUUAGACCUGAUGAUCCGCGACUCCGGUUGCCAUCGAAUCAGGUAGAUGAAGAAGAGCCAUUGAUGAAUGAAGAAGAUGAACAAGAAUUCUGGAGAAGCGUGCAGGCCCAAGAGAGAGCCUAUGACCAAGAGGACGAAGAGAGGAAAAGACAACAAGAAGAAAGACGAAAGAAGCUGUUGGACGACGUUCCAAUGUCCUUGAAGAGAAAGUCAGAACCAAAGGAGGAAGAAGAGCCGAGGCCCAAGUUACCUCGGACAAUGUUCCAGCAGUUGGAAGUGAUGGUUGCGGAUCAGGAGAUCCAAGGAGCCUUGAGGCAGAAGAUCUUGAAGAAAGGGGAAGGACAGAGAUUGCUGAACCAAUGGUUGCCAAAAGAAGAAGUGAGACAGAUGAGCAAACUUUUGGAUCUGCCGAUCAGCGCAGCUAGACUUCACAGAGGCCCAAGAAAGAAGUUACAGAAGUGCCCUACUGAGGAGAAGAAGAGAAGAAUCACUAUGAUGUUGCUCGAACAGCCCGGACAAGCGAUCCUGGUUGAUGAAAGCAAGGAGGAGAUGAAAAGGCCAAAGAAGAAAAGUUCAGUCGCAUGGAGGGGAUUGACACUCUUCGUGCGUGAGAAAAGGGUGGAGAAGACAGUGUCAGAAGGGAAUGAAGUGUUCAUCCAGGUCGAGAAUGAGACCUACAAGAUGAAGAUGGAAGAUGAAGGAGAUCGAGCCAGGUGGAAAGAACUGGUAGAUCGUGAAAGGCAGUGGCAAAAGUACAAAGAGGGUCGUGGCAAAGCGGAAAACGAAUGA